AUUGUUAUUAUGCGAAUCAAUGCCAGUUCCAAUGAUUCCAAUGAAGAAGCUGCUCAUUUCAGUAACGCCGUUGUACCAAACAAAUUAAUAUUUAAUAAUAAUACAUGCACUACAGCGCAAAAUUCUACAAGCUCCAAAGUGAAAACACUAAUCAAACGCUUGCACAAUUCCAGUGUUAGCAAACUAUACCGAAUGGCGUAUAAAAUAAAAGAGACUGCUACUGUAGGGUGUCAUAUGAGUGAUAGCGUCAACGCAUUGACACAGAGAUUGAAUGCAACGCAAGGCACUUGCUGGUGUCACCUACGAAAGGACGAAGUAAAGUGUGUGAACUGUCAAAGGGCUACAGCUGCCGCCGCGACCUCAACCACAAUGGCGACAAUGACGACGAUGACCACCAGAGUCGCGGCUGGUAGCGCCGAAAGCGCUAUUGAAAGUGAUAUAGAAGAUGAUGAUUGUUCUGAUUCUAAUUGUGAUUCCGAUUCGACUGAGUUCGAUAAUGAUGAAGCGGUUGAUGGUGAUGUUAGUAAAACAGUUACGGAAAAUGUAUUAGUCGAUGACGAAGUGACAACGGUUUUGAAUGGUGCUAAAUUUAGUCAAAUAAUGAAUAAGUUUCAAAGUAAUCGUAAUAAUACUGCUAGUGAUUCUAAUAAAUGCAAAACAGCAUUUGCAAAUGCUAAUGUUAAUAAGCAUAAUGGGAAAACUGUUUAUAAUAAUGAGAAACGUAAUAGUAAUAGUAAGAAUAUAGUGUUUAGUGAACGUAGUCCAAAACUCGCAACUGUAAAUUUAAGCCAAAAUAUUAGUAGUAGUACUAGUAGUAGUAAUUUAAUUGAAUGUAGUGAACAAACAAAAACUAACGUGAAUGGUACAAAUACAAAUUCGACAUUAACGGAUGAAGCGAAACACAGUGAUGCUGAGUGCCGCGCUCAAAGUGACAUUCUUUCCAAAGCGCGUGCGCAACUUCUCGUCUUCUGGUUGGCAUUUGUCGCUUUUUGUGAUGCAGUUACAAUUAAACAUGAUGAUCCGCGUCUCAAAGAUGCACGGCAACGUCAAACAUCUCAGCAGAAAACAAGUGAGGAGCAACAGACGAAAUCGAAAGAUUCACAAACGUUGCCUGAAAAUACAGAUGCUACUUCGAAACCAAAGCCGUCUCGUCAUUUAAAGCUGCUGACCAAUCGUAAAUUGAUCUUUCUGUUUAUUGUCUGCGUGUUUUUCUCCUGCCUCAAUCGCAUUGAAGGCCGUCCGAAUAGUUUGCCACAACAAAAUGUGAUUACAGAUGGUGCCCCCGUCACUUUACCGACCCCGGCGGCUGUUGUCGCUGCAACAACGACAAAAACUGCUGGACAGGGCGAAAGCGGUGCAACAACUGCGCGUUUGACGGUCGGCGCUGGCGACAGUGAUGGCAAUAAAAUUGCACUUCAAACAAACGCUUUAGCACCAGAGCCUACACCUAGUGAUAAACCAAAGGAAGUCGAUACACAUAGACCACCGAUAAUGAUAUCAGCACAUGACGAUGAUGAUCCAUAUGCGCACAGACCGGAUCGGUAUCCACUCUCGCAGGUUGAUUUUGAUCGCGUGAAAACGCCAUUUAUAAUCGGCAUUUGGAUACUGUCAGCGAGUAUAGCGAAAAUUGGUUUUCACAUGACACCGAAAUUGCAUCUCAUCUUCCCCGAGUCCUGUUUGCUGAUCGUUGUUGGUGUUAUUAUUGGUUUUGUGCUGUAUUUCUGUACGGAUGUCGCCGUCUCACCGCUUACACCCAAUACAUUCUUCUUCUAUAUGCUGCCGCCGAUUAUCUUGGAUGCUGGCUACUUUAUGCCGAAUCGUUUAUUCUUCGACAAUUUGGGCACAAUCCUACUGAUGGCUGGCAUCGGUACUGUCUUCAAUACUGCAACCAUUGGUCUCUCACUUUGGGGAUGCGGUCUAACCGGUCUCUUUGGACCCGAAGUUCCACGGUUUUUGGAUACCUUUCUCUUUGCUGCUCUUAUAUCUGCUGUUGAUCCUGUCGCCGUUUUGGCAGUCUUCGAAGAGAUCCAUGUUAACGAGGUGCUGUAUAUAGUGGUGUUUGGCGAAUCGUUGUUGAACGAUGCUGUGACAGUCGUAAUGUAUCAUAUGAUGGAAGUAUACAACGAAAUCGGCAUAUCAAAUAUAAUAGCUCAAGAUAUAGCGAGUGGUGUAGGUUCAUUCUUUGUGGUUGCCAUUGGCGGUACAGUUAUUGGCAUCAUUUGGGGCUUCCUUACUGGUUUGGUGACGCGUUUUACCGAUCAUGUGCGCGUCAUUGAACCAAUAUUCAUUUUCGUAAUGGCAUAUUUGGCAUAUCUCAAUGCGGAAAUAUUCCACAUGAGCGGUAUUUUAGCUAUUACCUUCUGUGGCAUCACAAUGAAAAACUAUGUUGAAGCGAAUAUUUCACAAAAAUCACAUACAACCAUCAAAUACGCACUCAAAAUGUUAUCCAGUUCAUCGGAAACAAUCAUAUUCAUGUUCCUUGGUGUAGCAACAGUCAACAAUAAUCACGUGUGGAAUACUGCCUUUGUGCUGUUGACUAUCACAUUUUGUUCGGUGUAUCGUGUGUUCGGCGUUGUGAUAUUAUCGGCGUUAGCGAAUCGUUUCCGUUUGCACAAGUUGUCACGUGUCGAUCAGUUUGUCAUGUCGUAUGGCGGUUUGCGUGGUGCGGUCGCCUUCGCAUUGGUGCUGCUGGUUGAUGAGCGUAUUGUCAAGCAGAAGGAUAUGUAUGUGACAACCACAAUAGCGGUGAUUUAUUUUACGGUUUUCCUGCAAGGCAUCACGAUAAAGCCACUGGUGAAGAUGUUGAAUGUGAAAAGAGCAAGUAAGCGAAAGCCAACUAUGAAUGAACGCAUACACGAACGGUUUAUGGACCAUUUAAUGGCUGGAAUUGAAGAUAUUAUCGGCAAGACUGGCAAUUAUAAUGUGCGCGAUAAAUUUAAGCGUUUUGAUAACCGCUUCAUCCGACCACUGGUGAUCAGAGAUUUGAAGGGCGCUGAACCGAAAAUCAUUGAAACAUACUCAAAACUCACGAUGCGUGAUGCAAUGGAGGUGAUGCGUCGUAAUCCAUCUACAAUCGGACAAAUUACGGCCACCGAAUCGAUGAGUGCUCUAUUCAGAAAUUACACCAGUAAUUGUAUUGGUGGAAGGUGGGCACCGCCAACUAUUUACACAACAUGUCCAAGCCUUACAAAUCUGGAUAAUAGUUGCUCACGCAAUCUCGAUAUGCACGAGUUGGACUAUAAUCCAUCGAAGAAGGAUCUUACAGAUGCAAAAAUACAUCAUCUGCUUGCCGAGGAGCUGAAACCAUAUAGAAGGCACCGCCGCCUUAGUUAUAGCCGACACGCAGUAGACGACAGAGAUUUGUCUACGCAGGUAAAUUACAAAAUGCAAAUGAACUUCCGACGUAUGUUCAACGAUCGGAAACAUCACAAGCGCAGCAAACGUGGCGCUAGUAAGCAACCAGAGGGUGUUAAACAGAAUCACGUCUCUUUUCACGACUUCCAACAGAAUGGCACAACGAAACAAUUUACGCAUGGUACGAACAAAACGAAACAACAAUUUCGCAAAAUUCUAAUCAGAAAACAUAAUCACAAUUCACUUAACAAAUAUCGUAGAUUAGAAAUAGAUUAUAUUAACGAUGUUCUUAAUGAAUCAGGAGAAGAUAAUCUGAGUAAACUGAACGAGGUGACAGUUGUGAGCGGCGACGAUUGGGAUGACGGUUUAACAUUCACAGCAAAGUCUUCGCCGGAUUCGGAUCUAGCCAAUAAUAAUUCACUUAUAGCGCACAUACAGAACUUACCCGGUUUCGAUGCAUCGAAGGCGCGCAUUGUACAGCAUUAUUCGACAUCGAAGAGUGAGAAUGGCAGCCCUGAGAAAUUGCUAACACCCGACAUGGGGCCGACAGCGGCCGAAUCAAGUUUGCCUUGGCGGCGGGAUCGUUCCUACCAGUGCAUUGUUGCUGAGAAUCCUAUACCCGAGGAGGAUCACAAUAUCUCACGUGAUUCGGAUGGUGAGCGGCGUGUAGCAACACCUACUGCUACAGAAUCGCAGUUACCGUGGAAACGGCAGGGUGACGAACUGUCCGACGCAGUACAGCAGAACGAAUUCCCCGCUUGGGCUUCGAAUAAGGAGUAUCUGGCUUAUAAUUCCCCUAGCGCUACAUUUUUGGGUGGUAUAAACAAACCUAAACAGCCCAAGUCUGUCAUAGGUUUAUUCCGGCGUGAGAGUUGCGGUUCGAGGGGUGGCAGCAGUCUCGGUGAUCCGACAGAUGGCGCCGGUUCAGCACGUGGCUCAGAUCCCACAUUGGCAAGCGCACUCAUUAGCGGGCUACCCAUGAUGCCGUUAAUACAGCCGCCGCAUGCGAAUCCACGCCUCGAUAAACGCUCACAAUCGAUUUCCGUGGCCACAUCCGGCGGCCAUAGUGGCAUCGGUAUUAAUAUAGGCGAUAUAGCGCAUUCGGGUCCCUUCCCGGUUACGGCCAGCCAUCGGCGUAAUGUGCGGCGUGGCUCAAUGUUGGAGUUAAGUGGAGACACUAUCCCCGAGGAGACUUACCAGCACGGUCAUUCGAAGUCCUUGUGCGAACCGACCGGCGAAGAUUGGGACAGCACCGCUUUGGCCACACGCGAACGUACCAUAAGCGGCAGCAGCAACAGCACCGGCCGUGAGCCACUACUACCCAAAUUAACGCCACGCGCACAAAUACGCCGCAUGGGCGGCAGCAGUGGUAUUGGUGGUGGCGGUGGUCCUAUUAGCGCACUCGGCAACUUACGUAAUCAAGUGACAACGGCGCUACUCUCCACCUCGAAUUCGGAAUAUGAUGAUGAUGAGGAUGAAGAUAUUGAUUUGUAUGACGAUGAGAAUAUUGUUGUAACCACAAUGACCAGCGGCGGCGGCGGUGGUGGUGGUAUUGGCACACUCAAUCGUAGCGGUAGCAGUGGAAGUGGCGGUGGCAAUGGUAGUAGCGGUGGCAGUAGUAGCAGCAACAAUACAACAACCACAAUACGGUUGACACGCAACAAUGAUGAGAGUAUCAUUUGAGAUCGUCGACAAAGGCAACUGCUGCAGCGGCGACUUUUUGGCGAAGGCGGCGGCGCUAAGCACCAACAGCAGCGACGCUUAAGCCGUUGGACUUUCAAGUAUGAAAUGUUACAAUGAAUAUAUGUAUGUACUAGUAUUUAAAUUGUGGGUGGGUAGGUCUAAAGUUGCGUAAAUGCAAUGAAAUAAUAGUUGCCAAUAAUGCCUGUUACUCGAAGGGAAAACUACUUGCUGUAUGCAUUAGGGGUUAUGGAAGUUAGUAUAAGUUUUGAAAAGUGUAUGGUUUAUAUAGAUUAAUUGUCACACAAUGCGCUUAAGCUAGUGAUGCUAGAUUAAGUUAAACAGUUUUAUUUUUUUAUUGAUUUAAAAAUGUUGAAAAUAAUUUUUUUUUUUUGUUUUUUUAUCGCAUAUAAAAAUAAUAUAUUUUGUUAUUUUUACUCGCCUUAUGUUUUCACCAUUAUGCUCAAAUAUUUGUUAUAUAUAUAAUAUUUAAUACUUAUACCCUAAACAGGGUAUAUUAAGUUUAUCACAAAGUUUGUAACACCCAGAAGGAAGCGUCGGAGGCCCUAUAAAGUAUAUAUAUAAAUGAUCAGUAUGUUGAGCUGAGUCGAUUUAGCCAUGUCCGUCCGUCCGUUUGUCUGUAUAUAUACGAACUAGUCCUUCAGUUUUUAAGAUAUCGUUUUGAAAUUUUGCAGCUGUUAUUUUCUCUUCAAGCUGCUCAUUUGUCGGAACUGCCGAUAUCGGACCACUAUUUCAUAUAGCUGUCAUACAAACUGAACGAUCGAAAUCAAUGGCUUGUAUGGAAAACUUCCGCAUUUUACUACACAUCUUCAAGAAAUUUGGUGUGAGUUAUUGUUUAUAGAAAUAAUUUAAUCUCCGAAAAAAUUGUUCAGAUCGGUUCACUAUAGCAUAUAGCUGCCAUACAAACCGUACGAUCGGAAUCAAGGGCUUGUAUGGAAAAUUUUCACAUUUGACGUGGUAUCUUCACGAAAUUUGACAUGGAUUACUAAGGUAAUAAUUUAAUCUCCGAAGAAAUUGUUCAGAUCGGUUAACUAUAUAACCUUAAUGUAUCUAGCAAACAACCCGGCUAAAAAGAAUUAGUAAAAUGUUUUCUUUUUUUUUUAUUUACUUUUUCUUACGUCUUUAGAUUUGCUUAAACACAUAGUUACUAAAAGAAAUGCACCUGUGAAGGGUAUAUUAGCUUCGGUACAGCCGAAGUUAACGUUUUUUCUUGUUUUUGAAUAUUAUUAAAUUUUAAAAAUCAAUGGUCAGUUCACAUUUGGUUCCGAACCAGUCUUAGUCAUCUGUUAAUUUUUUAUUAUUCCCGUUCAUUUCAUUUGAAACUUCGUAUAUCGAAAAUUAAAAAAAAAUAAAAAUAAAAAAUAUUAAACGUGUUUAAAUGUAAAUGUAUGACUGCUAUAAAAAAAUCUAGAAAUAACCACCAAAACUAUAGAAAAACUGUAUGUACUAACAGCGCAAACUAAUUCACUUUAACUUUGUGCCGCACAUAAAAUUAUGCUUUUCUAGUUGAUAAAUAGACAGAAAAAAACGAAACGUCACCUAAUUAGCAACACUGGGCUGUGUUUGAAUAAAAUAAGUAACUACUACCUAUAAAAAUUGUGCUAAAUAGUUUCCAGAACCAAAAAGAAAUACAAAAACUUCUAGCAAUUCCAAAGUCAUAUUUUAAAGUCUAUACUCUAUACAUACAAACUCACUAUUUCUUUAUAAUUUUAAAUUUUUUUAUUUCAAUUAUUUUUUUAAUUUUUUUAUUUAAAUUUAAUUUUAUACUUUUCAUUUAUUUUUUUAGUAAAUUAGUUUUGAGGCUUUCAUUUUUUUAAUGUUUUUUUUUUCUAUAAAAUGUACAUACUUAGCGUACAAUAGUAAUGUUUUAGGAUACAAAUUUGGUUUUAACUAAGAACAUGUCAAGCGUUUUAUAUGUAAGUGACCAUGUAAAAAUAAUAUGUAUAAAAGAAGCUAAGCAGUAAUAUGAAAAUGCCAUAGAAAUGAGUAUCCUAACGAUAAACUUGUAAAUGUGUGUAAAAUAUAUAUAGUAUAUAUUUAGUAUAGUGCGUAGUUGAAAAUGUAUUGAAAUGCGUGUCGAUAAGACAAUUACGGCGACGUCGUGUAUGAUUGGGGUUUUAAUAAUUUUUAUAACAUUUUAACAGUUGAACCUUAUGCUAGUAAUAAUUAAGAAACAACAACAAAAAUAUGAAAUUAAAUUACUUAAAAAAAUACAUUCUCAAAAUUUCAUAAACAAAAUUCGAAGAAUUGUUAUAAAGAGGAGAAUAAUUUGAACUUUGGAAAAUUAAAAAAAAAACAAAAUUUUAAUAUAUAUUAGACAUGUUAACUGUGCAUGUAACUGUACAUAAAUUAUAAACUAUGCUACUUAAUUUGACAAAUAUUUGUACUUAAUUUUGAAAAAUUAAAAUAAAAUAAUUUGAUUUCUGAAAGAGCUUAAUUUUGUGAAAAACCAAAAACUGUCGAAAAUUCGAAAUUUCUUUCGAAAAUUAUUAAUUUCAAGAAAUUAUAUUUAACAAUAUAUGUAUGUAUGUAUGUACAAAAAUUGAGCAAACUGUACUUUAAAAAAUAAAGUUAUUUUAAGGUUAUUUAUUUGUUGUUAAAACGUGCGUUCUUCCUGACCAAACAGCAUACGUAAAGUGUGAAACGUACUUAACAGAGUAGUGUUCUACAUUUCGAAAACAGUUUUCAAAAUGUUUUAAAUAUUUGUUUCAAUAAAAAAUAGUUUAAAACAAAAGCAACAAAGCAUAAAAAAAUAAUAAAUUUAAAAUCACAAUAUUAUUAUUUAGUGUGCUAUUUAACGAUAACGGUAUUUAUUAUUUUUUACGAAAUCAAAAAUAUAUAAAUUCAGCUUAUUAAAACCAAUUCUUUAUGCAUACAUCAAGACAAGUAAUUUGUUUUUUUUUUACAAUUUUUGUACAAUUUUGUUUUUGUUUUUCAUUUACAAUUUUUAGAGACAAUAACUGUAUAAACGAAGAAAGUAUUUGAAACAUCAAUUAUUAAGUAUAUACAAAUAUGAAAUAACUGAUUUCAUAAUAAGCGUUGUCAAAGUUCAUUGAAAUACUACAUAUAUGUAAUAAUCAGCGAAAAUUAUAACUAAAACAACAAAAUUGUGUGCAAAAUACCAGAGUUAAUUAAAUAAUUUGAAAUUACCAAAAUAGGCUUUUAAUUAGUACUAAAAAAAAGAGAAUUUUAAUUAGCGCUAAAUUUAAGAAAACAAAAAAAAAAAAAAUAUAUAUAUAUAUACAUACAUAUAUAUACUAUAGUAUCGCUAACGCAUACACGCAUACUUUUUGCCACACAUGUACUAAAAUACAUAAAUGAUAGAUUGAGCAAAAAAAUAAAAAAUAAAAAAUAAAAAUAUUAGACGAAAUUUCGAAAUUGGCACAACUUUCAACUCAACGCCUUACUUAUGUUAUAUUCAUACAUACUUACGAGUACAUACAAUUAUCCAUACAUGUAAGUUCAAUAAAUUAGCAGUAGUUAAUCGAAAAGAAUUGCAUCCACUGCACGCAUGCAUACUACAUUGCAUAAUAUGAAAGAAAGAAAGAAAGUAAAAACAAAAAAACUAACUAAUUUGUAUGUAUAUAACUUUGUGAAAACGGUUGCGAAAUAUAGUAAAGUAUGUACGUGUAUGAACUGUAGUAUUCAUGAGAACCUAAUCAUAAUAACUUCGUAAGAACUUUCAUUGAAAUCAAUAAAAAGCUUUACAACAAAUA